AUGCCCACCAAACGAUCCCCUAACUUGGCUUUAUUUCUUCAAUCCCAUUUAAUCCAUUUUUCUCCAUUCUUCACGUUGGUUGGUAAGAAUAAUUUCAUCAAGUUCGCUUCAGCGUUUCUAUCAAAGCGAUUAGCACCAAUUUAUCAAGUUCCGGUUGCUACAAAAUAUUCAACCAAGAAUUCUACCACUCAAUUCCGUUUAUUAAAAGAAAUUUAUAGAGAUUAUAAACAACUCAAGAGAGCCUAUCCACUAUUAAAAUCCAAACGAAGAAGGAUUUUGAUGAGAAUGGACCCGAAUUACCAAAAUCGACGUUCACCACCACCUCAUCCUCCUCAAUCAGAAGAGAUAACUACAGCAACGGCUGGUCCGAACUCGUCUGCUCCUCAACCAUUAUCAAGAAGACAGAGAUUGUUAGGGUUGGCAAGAGCUACUAGAGAUAAUUAUAUCCCCCGACUAACUGGACAAGUAUCACAAUUGGCAAAUGGGGCAUCUAGAGCAUUGAUGACCAGCAACGUGGCUGAUGUGUAUGAUGAUCAGGGGAAAUUAAUCUUACCUAAAGAUACUUCAAUUCAAUUGUUUCCUUCCUAUACAAGAUAUCAAGAAGGGAAAUUUUUUGUUGAUGUUAAAGGUUGGGUAUCAUGUCCUGGGUUGAUGACAAGAAAGAAUAGAUUGAUCUUAUCAUUAAUGCGACAAUUGACAAGAUAUAAUACAACUAGUGCAAAUUCCACUCAAGCAAUUAAUCAAUUGGAAAGUGAUAACAUGAAACCUGAUAUUUUAAAUAAUGAUCAAAGCUUAUCGGAUUCAGAAUCAAUCAUAUCUCAAGGAUCAGCCAGUGAGCAAUUGUCAGUCCUGUCGUCUUCAGGCAGUUCAGCUUCGAAUGCAGACGAUUUAAUAAAAGAAAGGCUUGCUUGCUUUAUUGCAAGGUCAAUACCCAAUGCUGAAUUGAUCAUUGUAGUAGGGGCUGAACAUAACUAUAAUCAACAACUUGUCACGCAUUCAGUAUUUACCGAUACCAAUGGCCAUUUUGAAGUGACACUAGAGGUUCCAUAUAGGCCAUCAGUAGUACAGGUUAAAUCUGCCAACACCGAAACUAUAUUUGCAUUUCAAGAUGUCAUGAUGCUUCCAAAUGAAGGAGUAGGUAUCAUUAGUGAUAUCGAUGAUACCAUUAAACUUACAGGAGUUAUUGGAGAUAAGAGGGAAUUGAUGACCAAUCUUUUAUUGAACGAGAUUAGUCUGUGGAGUAUUCCUUCAGUUAUUAAAUGGUAUGGCGAAAUGCAUAAGCAUGAACAAGUGAGUUUCCAUUAUGUAUCCAAUUCCCCUUGGCAAUUGUUUUCUACAAUUCAGCAAUAUUUUAGAAUAGCCAAUCUACCACCAGGAUCUGUUCAUUUAAAACAAUAUACAGGAAAUAUCAUAUCUUCGUUGUUGGAACCUUCCUCCUCAAGAAAGAAGAGGGCAUUGUAUAAGAUUUUGGAUGAUUUUCCUGACAAAAGAUUCAUAUGUGUCGGAGAUUCGGGAGAAUAUGAUUUGGAAGCAUAUGUUGAUCUUGCACAAAGAUACCCCGGAAAAAUAUUAUCAAUCAAUAUAAGAUAUGUGAAAGAUUCCCUUUCAGAUUAUGAUGAUUUAAAUAUUCUAAAUGAAUUGAUAAGAUUAUUGUCCACAAAGAGAAGAAAAGUCCCCUUUAAUCAAUCGAUGGAAACACUAACUGAUAAAACAAAUAUACUACCACCUCCACCUCCCCCGGAAAUGGAAGAUUUGAUUGACCUAUCUGACUCUCCACCCCCAUUCGUACCUGCAUCUACACAUUUAUCCAGAUCACCUGUCCCCAAAUCUUCAUCCGACCCUUCUAUUGAAUCUAGACGGAAAUUACCACCCAUGGUUCCCAAGAAACCAACAACCUUGAAGGGAAGUCCACUAGAAAGAAAACCUCCAUUACCUAAUCGAGACUAUCUUCAUCAUGCCCAAACCGAUUCAGUAUUGACAAUAUCCUCGGCCCCGGCAACACGUGUCACCACCCCUCCAGUUUCGUCAAAUGUUGCUUCUGAUGGAAGUAGUAUUAAUCAAGAUGACGAUCUCUUACCUCCAAUGCCCAAAAGACCUCCUUUACCUGCUCGAACAACUGAAAUGUUUGAAUCGAAUACUAAUAGACUUGACGAUUUGGAUAGUAUUUUCGAUUUACCUAGUUUUUAUGAAUUAGAAGAGAUGGAUAAGAAAGGAGCUGGAUGGAUUAGAAGAUUAGUGGCUGCAAUGCAUGCUUUGGCACCUACUGGUACAAAGCUUGAUAUAUUUGUUGAUGAUGAUGACAAAUUCUUUCAGAAAAAUUGCUUUGAAUUGAAUGAAAUUAUGACUAAGUAG